CUUGAGAGUUAUACUGGAACAAUUGAGGUGGCGUCAUUACGGAGCGCUUUGCGCUGCUGCUUUAUAAGGGCCACCAUGCAGACUCUCCAGCAACCGACCCUGCGCAGCAGCGCUCGCCAGGCCAUGCUGCCUUCAUGCAGUCGUAGUGUGCAGCGUGUAUACGCCACAGCCGCGCCUGCGGACAUCAGGAGGGAGGCUAUGCUGCGGGUGCCUCUCGACAAGGCGCACACCUUUAAUGCCAAGUUUGUUCCUUUCACCGAUGUUCUAUCAAGCAAGAUGUCCGGGGAAUCUUACAGCCUAGACGACGUGGUCUACCGAUCGCGGGACGGCGGCCUGCUCGACGUGCACCACGAUAUGCAAGCUCUGGCGCAGUAUGGCCCAGACUACUGGCGGUCUUUGUUUGAUGCUCGUGUGGGUACAACUGCCUGGCCUUUUGGCUCGGGUGUAUGGAGCAAGAAGGAAUGGGUGCUGCCGGGCCUGUCGGACGAUGACAUCGUCUCCAUGUUUGAGGGCAACAGCAACCUCUUUUGGGCGGAGCGCUUUGGCCGGGAGGCUCUGGGCAUGACUGACCUCUGGGUCAAGCAGUGCGGCAACAGCCACACCGGUUCCUUCAAGGACCUGGGCAUGACGGUCCUGGUGAGCCAGGUCAACCGUAUCCGCAAGCUCAAGCCAGGCAGCAUCACAGCCGUGGGCUGCGCCUCCACCGGCGACACCUCGGCUGCGCUCUCAGCUUACUGCGCCGCUGCCGGCAUCCCCUCCAUCGUCUUCCUGCCCGCGGAUAAGAUCUCGCUGGCGCAGCUGGUGCAACCCAUUGCCAACGGCGCGCUGGUGCUGAGCAUCGACACGGACUUUGACGGCUGCAUGCGGCUCAUCAAGCAGGUCACCGCGGAGACGCCCAUCUACCUGGCCAACAGCAUGAACAGCCUGCGCCUGGAGGGCCAGAAGACAGCUGCCAUUGAGAUCCUGCAGCAGUUUGACUGGCAGGUGCCCGACUGGGUCAUCAUUCCGGGCGGCAACUUGGGCAACAUUUACGCCUUUUACAAGGGCUUCAAGAUGUGCAAGGAGCUCGGGUUGGUGGACAAGAUGCCGCGCCUGGUGUGCGCGCAAGCUCAGAACGCCAACCCGCUGUUCCAAGCCUUCCAGAAGGCCAACGGCGUGUCGGGCAUCAAGGAGAGUUACCAGGCGAUGAAGGCCAAGACCACGUUUGCGUCGGCCAUCCAGAUCGGCGACCCGGUGUCAAUUGACCGGGCCAUCAUGGCGCUCAAUGACACCAACGGCAUUGUGGAGGAGGCGAGCGAGGAUGAGCUCAUGGAUGCGGCGGCGCGGGCGGAUCGCACCGGCAUGUUCAACUGCCCGCACACGGGUGUAGCGCUUGCUGCGCUGCUGAAGCUGCGAGAGCGGCAAGUGAUUGGGCCCAACGACCGGACGGUGGUUGUGAGCACCGCACAUGGGCUCAAGUUUGCGCAGUCAAAGGUGGCGUACCACUCCAAGUCGGUUCCCAACAUGACGUGCCAAUUCGCCAACCCGCCGGUUCAGGUCAGGGAGGACCUGGGGGCGGUGAUGGACGCCAUUAAGACCAAGUUUAGCCUUUAGACAGUGCCGCAGGUGUGGUAUGGAGGAGGGGGUGGGUUGACGGAGGGAGGGGGGUUGGAAGCAGCGCAGGUGGGUACGCUUACGUGACUUAUUGGACGGUAAUGGGUGAUGGGCGAGCAGCAACAGCAGCGGCGGUGGAGGCGGCGCCGGCGGCAAGCAGCAACAGCGACAGCAGGUUUUCCGUGGCUACGCAGGCGGUCACCAGGAGCCAACCGAAAGCAGCAGCAGCAGCCAACCGAAAGCAGCAGCAGCAGCCGCGCAAUGUGGACAGCGAAAAGCGGUCAUGCAUCAGUCACUGCGGCGUUUGUUGCGGAAAGAUGAACCAACACUUCGGAGGAGCUGCUGUACUUGCCACAUGGCAUCACGACGUGGCUUGGCCUGCUUGCAGCUGCUGGGUAGCUCGUGUGUAGGAUAGCAGCCCGGGCGGCUUCUCCUGGCCUGCAGUGAGCCUGGGAACAUGGAGCUGCAGAGCAGGGGGCACAGGCGAGGCGAGCCUCGGUGGGCUGGCGCUGUUCCGGGGGCUAGCGCUUGCUGGCUGCAGCUCCGGCUGUGGCAAUGGGUCUGCCUGGUAAGGGAACGUAGCGCCCCGCCUUAGGAUUGCCGGUGGCGACCCUGUGAGUUCGUGGCGCCUGGUGCCACGCCAGCGGCUGUAGCAGCCUCGGGGGCAGGCAAGGAUAGGAGGGGAGCCGCUGGCCGGUUGGGACGCGAGCCCACUGGGUGAGGGGGAAGGAUAGCGGGGCCUUGAGGAGGGCCUGUCGAGCUUCGGCUUUAGUAGGGCCGGGCAAGCGAGGGUUAUAACGAAUGUGGGUAGGAAGGCUACUUGACAGGACGUGUUUGGAUAGGGAACGGGUUUGCUGGUGCUCCCAACAUCCUUCCCUUCAUUGCAGCAAGGGUUUGCCCGCGUGCGCACCGAGAUAUGAUGCAGGACUGGUGCAUGCUUGUUCCGUGGGCGGGGUUGUUUGUUUGACGGCGUGCGACAUGAUGGGCUCUUAAGGGUGCAAGGAGGCACUGACGCCGUUACUCACUCUUGGGUAUUCUAGAUUAUCACCAGAAAUGAAUGAGACUGACAUUUCGGAUACGUUGUCAGGUGCCAGGUAUACAAUGCUGGCCUUGUCCAGGCUUGUAGGUAGUCGCGUUUCUGGUCACAUGUUUUGCUUUGCUGAACUAGCUGUGCAGCGUAACACUUCCGCGGGUAAUGGGUAGGGGUGGGAACUGGGUUUUUCCGAGCUACUUAGACGACAUUGUCGUGCGAUUAGGGUGCAUGCCCGAGGGGCGAAAACGGCCCUAGCGCUCCUGGUAAAUGCAGGUGGUGGGCUCUGGCUUCCUGAAAGGACGGCUUUGUAUGAAUGCAGCUUUUUCACUUGCUGACCCAGGUUAUGUCUUGGUCUUACAUGCCGCUCCGCUUGUGGGUAGGAGUUGCUGCUGACGUUUUGCUACGCGUGCAAUGGAGGAGAGCUUGUCGGAGCCAAGUAAUGGUAGCACAUGGUUCCUAUCAAGGCGCGAUGCCUGCAAGAGAUGCCUGCACGAGUGAACCCACACAUGUAAGAACCGUGUGUUGAA